AUGGACUUGCCACGAACCACGCCUCCGUUGAUCAACGUCCACGAUUUUAACGGUGGCUAUAGUCACCCCGCUUCAGUGGAACGGUUCCCCUACUCCAUGUCUGCGCGGUCCUUUGCGCCCCCGGGUCCCAUGCCAAUUCCCGCGAACCCCGUGUCCCAUUCGGCGCCGCCACCGCUGCCGCCACCGUCGCGCAUCUGCGGCCUCGAAAAUGGCUACGACGCCGGCUGGCUGCACGCGAACUCCAGGGGCUCGGUGGGAUCCACUAAACUGGCCCCCAUCAACCCGGGCUCGAGUCUAUUCGGCGGCCAUCGUCGCCCGGAGUCCGUGCCGCGGACGGAUCCCAUGGCCCUCGACGAUCUCGGUGGUCGACACAGCGGUCUGCCGGUCUCGAGGAGCCCAGAGACGUUCAUCAAGGUGGAGCCGCCCCCGCCCCCAGUUGACGACGGUUUUCGAAGCGCCGUUGGUGUCCACACCAGUCCGAUUCUGACGGGCGAGCGAAACUUUUCUCGGAAGAGCGUGAAAGAUUCAUCCGAUGCGUACGACCAGCAUCUUCUGUCCAAAAUCGGUAAACCGCUGUCCCCGCGAGGAUCCAUCAGCGUGAGCAACGAAAUCAAACCCCCACUAGCGACCCUCCCCGUACCGUCCGCGCGGACCUUCGCCAACUUUCCCUCUCCCGGAAGCUCGGAAGGAUUGUCUCCCGAUGCGAAGUGGCCCGGGGGCUCUCAGUCGGGCGGGGCUCCGUUUGGGACCCCCUUGGGAUGGAGAGAUUAUGUCGGCUGUCGAAGCCCAAGUGUGGAGAGCAGUGCUCCGUCGUCCGCCGUCGACUACGACCACGCCGCCUAUCUCCGGGAUGCCAGCCGCCGUAAGGGUGGCCAGUACGAGGAGACCCUCAGUCUGCCCAGCCGAUCGAACCGAGGAAGCUACGAUCACGGAGUGUUUUCGGAUAUCGAAGGGGAUCUGUCGACCGACGAACUGCUGCCACCACGGAUGGUCCACGUUCGAGAAGCGACCCCGCCCUACCUGGACCCGUCGAAAUCGGGCACGAAACGCAGGGCGUCCUCCCCGCCCCGCGAACCGUUGGGGGACGAUCGACACCCGCUCCAUGUCACGACGAGUAAUGGCGAUCUAUCCCAGCGGAGGACCACGGGGCACCCGUUCACCAAUACGUUGACGGUCAACAGUGGGUACGCGCCGAGUCACGGAAGCCUGUCAGCGGCGUCCUCCGUAAGUCUCCGGACAUCGGGGUCUUACUCAUCCGCGGCCCUCUCGGUGGGCGGAAGUAGCAUGACGAGCGUGUCGCCGUAUGAGCGCCCUUCCCCGGGGGGGUUGUCACCAGCAUCCGAUGUUGAUCUUCAUCCGAGCUCUCCUGGCGGCCUUGUGAAUCAGACGGUCGCCAGAACCAUCCCAGGGCCUGCCGCCUCUCUGGAGCCGCUGAGCGCGCAAAAGCUGCCCCUGCAGUCGAAUCCCGCCGUUCCAAAACCCGUCGGACCCAAGAUCGGAUUGUAUAUCUGUGAUUGCUGUCCCAAGAAACCCAAGAAGUUUGAGAAUAUUGAGGAUCUACGGGCACAUGAAAUGGAGAAACAGUACUCGUGUCUGUAUUGCAACAACCGGUUCAAAAACAAGAACGAAGCGGAACGACAUCAAAAUUCCCUGCAUCUGAGACGCCAUUCGUGGUCCUGCGCGGCCCUCCCGGACUACCAAGCAGCUUUCCACCCGUCCUCCUCCCCAACAAAUCAGAUCAGCUCCGGUCCGUCUCACGACACCUGUGGAUACUGUGGCGAGGAGUUCCCCAACUUCCCUCAGCCCGACUGGGAUGGUCGAUUCGAGCAUCUCACAGCGGUGCACAAGUUCGGCGAGUGUAAUAACGCGAAGAAGUUUUUCCGCGCGGACCACUUCCGCCAGCAUCUCAAACAUAGCCAUGCCGGAACGAGUGGCAAGUGGACCAAUAUCCUGGAGAAUGCGUGCAUGAAGGAAGAAGCGCCCCCGGAACCUAAGAACAGCAGCACCGGAUCCAGUGGCACCUUGACGUCCAAUAAGAUCAGCGAGGUCCUCGGUGGCUGCUGA